AUGGCAUCUGACAGUGAAAUCAAAGGCGAAGAUAUCUCACCAUCAAAAGAUGGAGGUAUUAUCAAAGAAAUAAUUAAAGAAGGUCAUGGUGAUGAAAAACCAUUACCAAAUGAUAAAGUAUUUGUACACUAUGUUGGUACUUUAUUGGAUGGAACUAAAUUUGAUAGUAGUCGAGAUAGAAAUCAAAAAUUUGAAUUUGAAAUUGGUAAAGGUGCUGUUAUUAAAGCAUGGGAUAUUGGUGUAGCAACAAUGAAACGUGGAGAAAUAUGUCGUUUAACAUGCAAACCUGAAUAUGCAUAUGGUGAAAGUGGUUCAGGAGAUAAAAUAGGACCGAAUGCAACAUUAAUUUUUGAAGUUGAACUUUUUGAUUUUAUUGGUGAUGAUAUUAGUGAAAAAAAAGAUCAAAGUGUUGUACGACGAAUUUUUAAACGAGGAGAAGGAUGGGCUAAACCAAGUGAUGGUAGUAAAGUAGAUAUUACUCUCAAAGGCAUCUAUGAUAAUAAAGUAUUCGAUGAACGAACAGUAAAAUUUAUUAUUGGUGAAGGUUUCUUACAAAAUAUUCCAGAAGGCCUUGAACAUGCUGUAACACGAAUGACAAAAGGUGAACAUAGUCAAUUGAAAUUAAAAUCAAAAGCUACAUUUGGUCUUGAAAAAUUUAAUAUUCCAAAAAAUGCACAUGUAGAAUAUAUGGUUACAUUAAAUGAUUUUGAAAAAGGAGUAGAUAAAUAUUCAAUGAGUGAAACAGAUAAACUUGAAGAAUCAGAAAAAUUAAAAAAACGUGCUGGUGAAUUAUUUAAAGAUGGUCAUUACUAUAUUGCUUGUAAAAAAUAUAAAACUAUUACUGAGUAUCUUAAAUCAACCAAUUAUGAAAAUGAAAAAGAUAAAGCUAAAGCUCAUGAAUUAAAAUUAACUACAAAUUCAAAUAUGGCAUUAUGUCAUUUAAAAUUAAAUGAACAUGCUGAAUGUAUUCGUGCAUGUGAUGCAGCACUUGAAUUAGAUUCUAAAAAUGAAAAAUGUCUUUUUCGUCGUGGACAAAGUCAAAUAGCUAUGCAACGAUAUGAUGAAGCUAUAAAAGAUUUUCAACAAGUUCUCAAAUUAAAUCCAUCAAAUAGUGCAGCAAAUCAACAUAUUCAAACAUGUCGUGAACAUUUAAAAGCUUAUCAACAACAAGAAAAACAAUUGUAUACUAAAAUAUUUGCUAAAAUGGCUCAAACCAGUGAAAAAUCAAAUGAUGAAACAAAAACGAAUAAAGAAAAUACGAAUGAAACAACAACAACUUCGUCUUGA